CUGCUGCUGCUGUGGAGCCGAGCCUUGUUGUUGGAUGACUGUAAUAUUCCUGUGUGUGUGUGAGUGAGACCCGGUGAGUCAGGAACAGCAGCAGCAGCAGGAAUAUCCUCACAGUGCCACGACGCUCACUGACACGCGCGCACACACACACACGCGCGCGUCCACGCUCCCACGACAGACAGACAGGCAGCGCUGACUCUGCUCCCAUAAUCAGCAUCCUAUGCUAUUCUGCUCAAGAUGGCGGUGCAGGCAGUGGAAAAGGACGCAAUAAAUGUGGACGAUGACCACCUGAAUGACUCGCUGGGGAACCCCGGCCUCAUCUCACCUGACAAAGAGGAUAUAUCACGUCUCUUGACUGUUCCAUUCAGCGGACGUAUCCGUGGCGGCAUGCGGCCAGGGAAGAAGAUCAUAGUGAUGGGCAUCAUCGACCUGGAGCCAGACAGCUUUGACGUGAGCCUGACCUGCGGCCGAGACUCGGAGAAAGAGGAGGUGCCGCACGACAUAGCCCUGAAACUCACCGCCCGUUUCAGUGACCGCCAGUUUCUACGCAGUGCCCGCAUUUCUGGGAAAUGGACACAAGAGGAGGCCUCCACUGACUACUUUCCCUUCAUCCCUGAUCAGCCCUUUAGGAUUGAGAUCCACUGUGAGCACCAGAGGUUCCGGAUAUUUGUGGACGGACACCAGCUGUUUGACUUUUAUCACAAAGUAAAAUCUUUGUCCUCAAUCGACACAGUACGGAUACAAGGAGAUCUACAGAUCACCAAGCUCGGUUAACGUCCCGACUCUUCCUGCUCUGCGAAGUCAUGUGUGAAGCAAGGACUUCAUCACAGAUGACCACACACUCACACACACACACACACACACACACUCAUACAUACAUACACGUCCGCUUGUUACAGCACGCCACUCUUAAUAACCCAACAUGCACCACUGCAGCAAAAUAGCAACUGGAAAACGUCUUCAGCAGUGGCAAGUUAGAAAUCUGCAUACUUUCAGUCACUCCUUUUGAUCUGAUGUGAUGAUGCUUUGUGGGUGAAUGUGUUUCCUUCUAUUUCAGGUGUUUUUCCUUGUAGCCCCAGUUUUGUCAGAUCAGGAAUCUCACAGCUUAUUAAUAGUGUAUCCUCUCUUUUUUUCAUGUUAAAUCCUUUGGGGAUGCUGAGAUAGAAGCAGCUGUGGAAGUCUUUUCAAGCUCAGAUGUUACAGAAAGUAGUUACUCAGGAAAAUACGUCUGAAACUCAGCAGCUAAGGAAAAGGCAAGACUUUGUUGCCCAGGGGUGAAAUUUUCUGAUUGUCUUUAAAGAUUCAGUGUAAUUAUUAGUGACACCCAAUGGCUGGGGCUGGUAGGGCUCCUCAAAGCAAGGGCAUUGCCAUAAGUACAGUACAUCUAUAAAGGCUUAUUCAAAGGUCUACAAAAACCAAAUGGUUAUUAUUUUAAAGCAGAUAUAUACUUAUGGGUAGCAUAUUACAUUUCUGCCAAUAAAACUCAAUUAUUGAGGGAAGGUCUCCAACUUGUAGGCAUUAGGACAUGAUCAAACUGAAGAAACAACACUGUUGGGUGGUGUUUGCUGUAAAACUCACAGUAAUGAACCUAAGCAGAUGCUUAGUCUGAGCUUUUUAGAUUGUAGUAAUUUCAGAGAAAAGCUGGUUUGAAGCAAAAAAAUUAAAAUCAGAUUUGAUACUGACUUAACCCACAUGGAUGUGCAGUUAACUCAGUUUUCAGAACACAAUAGCAUACAGUAUUACACCCCGUCUCUGUGCCGGUGUAUCAACUCCAUAGGCACUCCUUCGCCCUCCCUUGGGUUUAUCCCAGUUGUCAUGGUAACACACUGCUGUCUCGCUGACCUCAAUAUCCAAAAAUGAGAAUUCUAUCAUGAGGAGAUGCCCCACACUGGUAGAUAUCACACAUUUUAACGAUCGCUGCAGCCAUACUCCUGCUGUUUGGCGAACAGUAAGGCAAAGUUAUGACUUUAUUUAAUUCAAAUAACUUUAUUAUUAUAAGUUCUCUGAUCUUUUGUGUUCAACUCAGAACACGUUUUCAAAUGCAAACAACAUCCGAGUUAUUUAAUAAUACAAUAUGCAACUCAUCCACGUAAAAAGCACACCCGCUUCACUAAACGGUGCUGUUGAAGUGCGCAGGUUAUGAUCGCAACUAAACAACAAAUCACGCAAAAAAACGAGUUCCACAGUCAACUGAGCCGGGAAAGGUUUAUCGAAUGUAUAUUAUUCAUGUUUCAGUGGUAGCAUAGACAAUUACAGUGAUGCACAAUAUGUUUACUUCAUGGCUGGUGCUGUUUUUUUCCAUUUCCAGUCAGACAAUAUGUGGUACGUGUUUUUAAAAGUGAGUCUGUAAUCAUUCCACAUUCAUGUCGGGUCCACACUGAAGCAGGUCUGUGUUUACUGCAGCCAGUGGGUUGUUUUAGUGACUUGUAUCGUGACUGAUUUGUUUCUUUGUCCUCUCUGCACAGGACAUUUGUUUCUCCACUGAGGCAGACAGAAGGUUAUUAUAAACACAGUUUACCUGUAAUACAAAACUCAUCAGUAUUAAAACUGUUAUGUUUUAAGGAGCUUAAUAUUCACUAUGCUUUGUCACUGAAUGUCACUGCAACAAUUCUCAUGAAGGGAUGAUAAGAUGUAAUUUAUUUCUUUAUUAAUUGGUUAUAAAUCAUUCCCAAGACUUUAUAUAUCACUAAUAAUGGUUAAUAAAAUUACUACAGUUUC